GAAAGAAUAAGGUGAGUGAUGGCAACGAUAGUAGUUCCUCCAGUUACCCCUUCUCCUGCUGAAGAUGCUGAUGCACUCCUGAAGGCUUUCCAAGGCUGGGGCACUGAUGAGCAGGCAGUAAUAGGCGUAUUAGCUCACCGGGACGCAACUCAGAGGAAGCAGAUCAGACUGACCUAUGAAGAGAACUACAACGAAAACCUCAUCCAGCGUCUUCAGUCUGAACUUUCUGGUGAUUUGGAGAGAGCGAUGUACCACUGGGUACUUGACCCUGUUGAGAGGCAGGCCGUGAUGGUGAACACCGCGACGAAAUGCAUCCACGAGGACUACGCUGUCAUCGUUGAGAUCGCGUGCACGAACUCGUCCUCGGAGCUUCUAGCGGUAAAACGAACCUACCAUGUCCUCUACAAGUGCUCCCUAGAAGAAGACGUGGCCGCUCGCGCCACUGGAAAUCUUCGCAGUCUUCUGCUUGCUCUAGUGAGCACCUACAGGUACGACGGGGACGAGGUGAACGAUGCAUUGGCUAAAUCGGAGGCAAAGAUUCUCCAUGAGACUGUAACGAAUGGUGACACAGAUCACGGCGAACUCAUUCGGAUAGUCGGUACAAGAAGCAGAGCGCAGCUCAACGCCACAUUCAGCUGGUUCAGAGAUGAGCGCGGCACUAGUAUCACCAAGGCACUGCAGCAUGGAGCUGAUCCAACAGGCUACUCGCACGCGCUGCGAACCGCGUUAAGGUGCAUCUCUGAUGCGAACAAGUACUUCGUGAAGGUGCUAAGGAACGCGAUGCACAAGUCAGGGACUAACGAGGACAGCCUGACCCGUGUGAUCGUGCUGCACGCGGAGAAGGACCUCAAGGGCAUCAAGGACGCGUUCCAGAAGAGGGCCUCGGUUGCCCUGGAGAAAGCCAUCGGCAACGAUACAUCUGGUGACUACAAGAGUUUCCUGAUGGCUCUACUUGGGAGUGGCAUCUAAGCUGACUGUCAACGAAUAUAUUGGACCAUCGAUCCAAGACUUGGCCUCCUCUUCAAUAAAUCUGUUGAAGUAUCUAUCUAAAUAAGGUUGUUAUUUAGUAAUAAAUUCUCCUGUUAUAGAAUUCGAUCGGCAGAAUGUAGGCUUCAUACAUGCUCUGCAUUUCUUCUCCACUAAAAUUUAUCGCUGAUAUAAAUUCAUGUCAAAUGUAAUCUUGUGGACAACCUGGACCUUUUG